AUGUCUCGGGAUCGGUUCCGAAGCCGCGGCGGUGGCGGUGGCGGCUUCCACCGGCGCGGAGGAGGUGGCGGCCGAGGCGGCCUCCAUGACUUCCGUUCCCCGCCGCCUGGCAUGGGCCUCAGUCAGAACCGCGGCCCUAUGGGUCCCGGCCCGGGCCAGGGUGGUCCCAAGCCCCCGAUCCCGCCACCACCUCCGCACCAACAACAGCAGCAGCCACCGCCGCAGCAGCCGCCACCGCAGCAGCCACCGCCGCCGCCGCAUCAGCAACCGCAUCAACAACCGCAUCAGCAGCCGCCGCCGCCACCACAGGACUCUUCUAAGCCCGUCGUUCCUCAGGGACCCGGCCCUACUCCUGGAGUAAGCAACGCACCACCGGCCUCCGGCUCGGCCCCGCCCGCCACUCCCCCGACCUCUGGGGCCCCUCCAGGGCCAUGCCCCACCCCGACUCCACCGCCUGCUGUCUCCUCGGCGCCCCCCGGAGCUCCUCCACCCACGCCGCCGAGCAGUGGGGUUCCGACCACUCCCCCUCAGACCGGGGGCCCGCCGCCUCCACCUGCUGGAGUCCCGGGUCCCGGGCCUAAGCAAGGCCCGGGACCCGGCGGUCCCAAAGGAGGCAAAAUGCCAGGCGGGCCGAAACCUGGAGGUGGCCCGGGCCUGAGCACUCCUGGCGGCCACCUGAAGCCUCCGCAUCGAGGCGGCGGGGAGCCCCGCGGAGGCCGACAGCACCACCCACCCUACCACCAGCAGCACCACCAGGGGCCCCCAUCCGGCGGACUAGGCGGCCGCAGUGAAGAGAAGAUCUCUGAUUCCGAGGGGUUUAAAGCCAACUUGUCUCUCUUGCGAAGGCCUGGAGAGAAAACUUACACACAGCGCUGUCGGUUGUUUGUUGGUAAUCUACCUGCUGAUAUCACAGAGGAUGAAUUCAAAAGAUUGUUUGCUAAAUAUGGAGAACCAGGAGAAGUUUUUAUCAACAAAGGCAAAGGAUUUGGAUUUAUUAAGCUUGAAUCUAGAGCCUUGGCAGAAAUUGCCAAAGCUGAGCUCGAUGAUACACCCAUGAGAGGUAGACAGCUUCGGGUUCGCUUUGCCACACAUGCUGCUGCCCUUUCGGUUCGUAAUCUUUCCCCUUAUGUUUCCAAUGAACUUUUGGAAGAAGCCUUUAGCCAGUUUGGUCCUAUUGAAAGGGCUGUUGUAAUUGUGGAUGAUCGUGGAAGAUCUACAGGGAAGGGCAUUGUUGAAUUUGCUUCUAAACCAGCAGCAAGAAAAGCGUUUGAAAGAUGCAGUGAAGGUGUUUUCUUACUGACAACAAUUCCUCGUCCAGUUAUUGUGGAACCACUUGAACAAUUAGAUGAUGAAGAUGGUCUUCCUGAAAAACUUGCACAGAAGAAUCCAAUGUAUCAGAAGGAGAGAGAAACUCCUCCUCGUUUUGCCCAGCAUGGCACAUUUGAGUAUGAAUAUUCUCAGCGAUGGAAGUCCUUGGAUGAAAUGGAAAAACAGCAGAGGGAACAAGUUGAAAAAAAUAUGAAAGAUGCAAAGGACAAAUUGGAAAGCGAGAUGGAAGAUGCCUAUCAUGAGCAUCAGGCAAAUCUUUUGCGCCAAGAUCUGAUGAGACGCCAGGAAGAAUUAAGACGCAUGGAAGAACUUCACAAUCAAGAAAUGCAGAAACGCAAAGAAAUGCAGUUGAGGCAAGAGGAGGAACGACGGAGAAGGGAGGAAGAGAUGAUGAUUCGUCAACGUGAGAUGGAAGAACAGAUGAGACGGCAAAGAGAGGAAAGCUACAGCCGGAUGGGAUACAUGGAUCCAAGAGAAAGAGACAUGAGAAUGGGUGGUGGAGGAGCAAUGAACAUGGGAGAUCCUUAUGGUUCAGGAGGCCAGAAAUUUCCACCUCUAGGUGGUGGUGGUGGCAUAGGUUAUGAAGCCAAUCCUGGAGUUCCACCAGCAACCAUGAGUGGUUCCAUGAUGGGAAGCGACAUGCGUACUGAGCGCUUUGGGCAGGGAGGUGCUGGGCCUGUGGGUGGACAGGGUCCUAGAGGAAUGGGGCCUGGAACUCCAGCAGGAUAUGGUAGAGGGAGGGAAGAGUAUGAAGGCCCAAACAAAAAACCCCGAUUUUAGAUGUGAUACCUAGCUUUCAUUCCAGUUUGUUUUGUCUUUUCUUGUUUAGAUACCAGCCUUUUAAAUUCUUGCAUUUUAGUAAGAAAGCUACCUUUUUAUGGAUGUUAGCAGUUGAUUGACCUAAUAUUUGUAAAUGGUCUGUUUGGGCAGGUAAAAUUAUGUAAUGCAGUGUUUGAAACAGGAGAAAAAAAUCCCCCCCCCCUUUUUUUUAACUGUAUAAUGUCCUUCAAGUUAUGGCAGUGUACCUUGUGCCACUGAAUUCCCAGAGUGUACCAAUUUUUUUUUUUUUUUUUUACUGUGCUUCAAAUAAAUAGAAAAAUAGUUAUAAUAUUGAUCUUCAACUUUGCCAUUCAUGCUUCUGUGUACAUUAGGCUAGGUAUUCCACUUUUCUGGGAAAUGAAUUUGGAGGCUUCAGUAUUGCUUUCUACAAAUAACUGCCCCCUUGUUUUAAAAGAAGAAAUGCAUAUUGAAGCAGUUUCAUAUUUGUUUGGCAUUAUAGGAAGCAAGACGGUGCUUAGUAUUUUUAAAUGGUUAUAUAAGUAAAGCUGAAUUGUAAAUCUCAUUCAGGAAUGUGUAUUAAGAUUAUGGAAUAGAUGUCAGAACUGUUGGUAGGGGAGAGAGUGAGUUUGGCUAAAUGGAUCUUUUAUGGCCCUGUGAUCUGUCCUUUCCCUGAAAGUUUUUGAUGAAAAAGUGGAAAGAUCAUUCUGUUGCAUUCCCCCAUCCUUGUUUUUAAAAGAACAAAUCCCAAGCCCUAUGAAUGGCUUGUAUUAAACUUUUACAUUUCAAUUAAAGAUUAUUAAACAUGAAGACUUUCCAUGUAUUACUUUAAGUGAUCUAUAAAGAUGGGAUUUAGUCUGAAAAAGUCCACUUGAAAGGAAGGUUUAGUAAACCAUAAAGCAAGCUUAGCUUUAUUUGUACUUUGUAUCUUUAAUAUCUCCUUAUACUACUUUGGUUGGGCACAAUCUGUAGGGCCUAUUAAAGUCUAUUGGUUCUCUUUUCUAAGAGCUAGUGGUGACUGGAAAUAACAAAUAGGGUUGUAAGUAACCAAUCUUCUGUAAAUUUGUUAAUCUGGAGAGAAUUGCUCAUGCUACACAGUACAAAUAUCCCACCCCACCAUAAAGCUUUGGAAUGUCUUCAGUGGUGUUGUCAGUUUAUUGUCAACUUCAUUGAAUCUCCUUUUCAUUAGAAUAAGAGACAUUUUGAUUUAAUCUAAAGUAGAUGGUUUACUGUUGUCUGUUAGUUCUACAAUGGCAGCCUGUUUUUCCAGUGUAAAUCUGUUAGAACAACAACUUCCUAACAAUAGGUAAAGUAAUUGAAUGGUUUGGCUUUGUUCUUAGUUAUGUUUCCAUUCAAAUGUGUACAUGACAUAACUCUAUUAUGGAAUUUGUCUUCCUCCUUUUCACCUCUGUUCUUAGUGCUAAUUGGCAAAAGCAAAAUUCUAAAUGAAACCUUUGCUAAAACGCUGAAGCUUAGUAUUGUGCCUGAGUACAAAGGGACACCUUUUGUUGAAACAAUUGAGCACUUUCUGUAUAGGGAACAUGGUAAUACUAAAAGUAAAACACUAGUAUAGAGUAUAAAGGCAUGUCACCAAAUUCUGGUUUUGUGAGUGAUAGGUACAUGGUGUGCUAAUUAAGGAAGAGAAUCUAAUUAGAAAAUAAGCUCAUUAUUUCUUUUCACCAAGACACUUGGAAUGAUAGAAGUUUUGUCCCAAGUUAAGUUAAUUGGUGAUACAUAUGAGAUUUUCUCUUCAGAAAUAAGGGUCUUGAUUUGAAAGGAGUCCGUUACAAUUUGGUUGAAUUGUAUAGUAGGGACUCGACUAAUGACCAAAAAAUAAGGGGUGUUCAUGGGACACCCACAGAGGGUGAACUUGAAUGUGUGUGGGUGGGGGCUGGCGGGAAAAUGGGAAAAUCUGCCUAUAAAAUUAAUGUUUCAGUUUAUUUUUCAGAUUACAUGCCUUUCUUUAUAAGGGAUGCUGGCACAGACCCUAAAAUAAGCUUUUGGUAGUACUGUACCUUUGAAGAGUGGUGAAGGAUGCUUACUGGAUGAUCUCCUAAAGUUGUGGCUUUUGAUACCCUUACUGUGGGCUGUAGAAUUGCUGAAUGUUGUUUAGCAAAUAAUGUUGCUUAGUUUUAACUGACAUUUGGCUUUCAUCACUGAAACAGCAGUGUACCAAGGAUUGUAAGCUACUCAAACAGACUUUCAACAAGUCUUGCAUAUACAUACGAUAGUGUUUAGUCUAAUGUGAAUUUAAAUCAUCUUUAAAAAGUAGUUUCCUAAAAGCUGAUAUGAAGAUUGGGGUGGGAAAGAGAAGGUAGUUGUUUUGAAGUAUUUAGCCAUUUUUCUCACGUAAAGAAAUCACCUGCCCCCAUUUCUUCUCCACUUUCUCGUAUUAUAAUUUUGUUUUAAGAGGAACGUUGGUUGUUGUUUUUAAACUUAUUCCUCCUAAUCUUUAAAAAGCUGCAUUUUCUAAAAUCCCGGUGUGUUUAGUUAUCUAAUAAGCUUAAAGCCAUUGACUCACGUUAUUUAGUGAAACCAUAAUCCUCUUAGAACUUUAAUUAAACUGCUAAGAAGUACUAUAAACCCCACCACUCUACAGAUCUGUUACAUAACUGAUAUAAACAGAUUACAGUUUUGGAAAUUGUAAUGUUACGCCUCUGCAAUUUUCGUGGGUGGCAUAUUAUGGCAGAUAAAAAUUUAGGUUCUUGGCUUCUCUUGGGCAAGCCACUAAGUUGUGGCAGAACGUUUUCUGGUGUUCUUGGACUGCAAUUAUGCACUAUUAAAGUAGUGGCCUGCUACAUAACUGCGUUUAGCCAGCAUUUCUGCAGUGCGUAACUGUGAGGAACGUAGUACCGCAAAUGGCAAUGGACAUUAGGACCCGGAUGUAGUAUUCCUGCUUGCUCCAAGAUUCUCAUUGCCGACUGCAUACAGGUAAGAAUGAUUGAUGUUGGCUGACUGGAGUGCUCAUUCACUUGAAGCGGAUAAGACAUUUUGUUUUCAAGACAUCACACAGCGGGAGCCAACCAAGAAGAAAAGCUACACAUUGCUAAACUGACAGUGUCUAGGUAAGGAUCAGGUGAGCUGGAUCCAGAAAACCAUUGAGGAAGAGAGCAAGGAGGAAUGAACAACUCAUUUGUUUAAUAAAAGAUAGACAUUUAAAA